AACCCUCAUCACGAGGGUUUUUUCUUCCUGUUCGAAUUCCAUCCACAUCAGCCAUAAUCCCCGAAGGCGCCGUCACAACAAUUGCCUUCAAAUAACCUUCAGCCAAGGUGUACAGGGGUUUAUAGGUCAAACCAGUACUUUGAAUUAUGCCUGGAAACACAUUGGCAGGCAAUGGAGUUGUAACAAAGGAAUUAAGCAAUCUGGCUGUCGUUCUUUGGACUAAUUGAGGCUUCUGAAUACUCUUCAAGGGCAGCCCCAUGUAAAGUGCAUUACAGUAAUCUGAAUUGGAUGUAACCAAAGCAUGUGUUGUCAUGCCCAUAUUUAGCCUCUCCAAGGACAAUUGCUGAAUGUACUAAAUUUGGUAGGAAUAGGGCAACAUGGAGCCAACAGUCCUUGUGCUUUCCUAAUUUAUGGAUGCUGUUAACUGCUGGAAGAUCCUUUGUACAAGACUUGGAUGAGUAUAUCCUGUCAAACUAAUGGAGCUUCCUAAAUUGCAUUGAGAUAUCGACAUGGGUAGAGAAUGAGAUGGCUGUUCUACUUGCAGAAUUCUGGGGGCUAUAGUCCAUAAGGAAAGAUGUCUAAGUUGUGGGCAGAGGUGAACUAAAGGACAAUCCUAUUACUCAUUUAGGCUGGAUUUACCUUCUAAUAUAAAGCAGUUUGAAUUGCAUUAUAUUGUCAGUGUAGACUCAUACAGUUUAGUUUAAUUGCAUUGAACUACAUUUUUUUUCCUGUGUCAGGAGCGACUUGAGAAACUGAAAGUCGCUUCUGGAGUGAGAGAAUUGGCAGUCUGCAAGGACGUUGCCCAGGGGACAGCCGGAUGUUUUUGAUGUUUAUACCAUCCUUGUGGGAGGCUUCUUUCAUGUCCCCGCAUAGAGCUGGAGCUGAUAGAGGAGCUCAUCCGCGCUCUCCCCGGGUGGGAUUCGAACUUGGCAGCUUGCAGAUCAGCAGCCCAACCUUCAAGUCACAAGGCUUUAACCCACUACUCCAUCAUGAACUACAUGAUUUGGGUCUACAGACCAUAUAAUGCAGUUUCAAACUAAUUUGGCUGUGUAGAUCCAGCCUCAGGAAAGGAUGUUAGGAUCUUGCUGAAUGUUCUAGCUAAUCAGCUUUAACCACUACAUUUUAUUCUUAAUUUUUCACUUCUCUAUGACUAUUACAACACAAUUUGAAAGAAAAGCUACCAGAAGUGAGGUAAACACUGCUCAGAGAUUCAGUAUUUAUCAGAGCUGUAAUUGAAUUUGACCUUGGGCAGAUUCUGUAUGUCAAGGCAAUAUUGUGCAGAAUGAGUCAGUCUUGUUAACUGUUAUUUCGUGUAAGGUGGAAAAUAUUAUAAAUUAUGUUUUCUUAAGAAUUACAGUACAAAAUGUGAAUUGAAUUGGUUGUCACAGAUAUGAUAUUGAUGACUUAAAAAUUAUUAGUAUCCCCCUUGGAUCUCCUGCUGGUUUUUGCUGCCUUUUUUGAGGGCGCAUGCUACAUGCUGAUCGUUGGAAGUAUGACUUGAGCAUGUUAGAGGAAAGAUGGGAUGUAAAUUCAGUUAAUGAUUAUGAGACUUAUCUAAUGACAUUGGUAUCAUAAAAUCUAUGAGUGAUUUAUAGUAGAAAUGAAAUGUUAUCUCAAGGAUGAUCAUUGCCAUGUUCUCAAUCUCUGUCAUAGCAUGUUUUCCUUACCUUACUGCACAUCGCAAUGUUUUUUUCAGACAACUGAAGUAAGACUAGGACACCUUGCUGUAAGAACCCAAUGAUUUGAGUAUUGGAUUUAUAACUCUAUAGAGAUCAGAGUUUGAAUCCCUGGUUGGGCAUUGAAACACACUGCGACACAUCAAGCAAGUCAAACUCUCAGCCUCCGAGCAAAUUAUAGCAAGAACGCCUCCACAAUAGGUUCAUCUUAGGGUCACUAUAAAUUAGAAAUGACUCUAAGGCACAAAACGCCAAAAAUGCCUGGAUCUAAAGAUCCAAGUGGCUUUUUUUACAGGAACUAUAUGAGCUUUGGAUAUGUGUUAAACAAGGACAAACGCUUUCUUACCAUACUUAUAUUAUAUUAUCAUAUUAUUGUAGAGUUGAAAGAGACCUCAUGGGCUAUCCAGUCCAACCCCCUGCAAGAAGCAGGAAAAUCUCAUUCAAAGCACCCCCAACAGAUGGCCAUCCAGCCUCUGCUUAAAAGCCUCCAAAGAAGGAGCCUCUACCACAGUCCGGGGCAGAGAGUUCCACUGCUGAACAGCUCUCACAGUCAGGAAGUUCUUCCUGAUGUUCAGGUGAAAUCUUCUUUCCUGUAGUUUGAAGCCAUUGUUCCAUGUCCUAGUCUGCAGGGCAGCAGCAAACAAGCUUGCUCCCUCCUCCCUAUGACUUCCCCUCACAUAUUUGUAUAUGGCUAUCAUGUCUCUUCUCAGCCUUUUCUUCUGCAGGCUAAACAUACCCAGCUCUUUAAGCCGCUCCUCAUAGGAUUUGUUCUCCAGACCCUUGAUCAUUUUAGUUGCCCUCCUCUGGACGCUUUCCAGCUUGUCAACAUCUCCCUUCAACUGUGGUGUCCAGAAUUGGACACAGUAUUCAAGGUGUGGUCUGACCAAGGCAGAAUAGAGGGGUAGCAUGACUCUCUAGACGCUAUACCCCUAUUUAUGCAGGCCAGAAUCCCAUUGGCUUUUUUUGCUGCCGCAUCACAUUGUAGGCUCAUGUUUAACUUGUUGUCCACGAGGACUUCAAGAUCUUUUUCACACGUACUGCUGUCAAGCCAGGCAUUGUCCCCCAUUCUGUAUCUUUGCAUUUCAUUUUUUCUGCCGAAGUGAAGUAUCUUGCAUUUGUCCCUGUUGAACUUCAUUUUGUUAGUUUCGGCCCAUCUCUCUAAUCUGUUAAGAUCGUUUUGAAUCUCCUGUCUUCUGGAGUGUUAGCUAUCCCUCCCAGUUUGGUGUCGUCUGCAAACUUGAUGAUCUUGCCUUCUAACCCUUCAUCUAAGUAAUUAAUAAAAAUGUUGAACAGAACCGGGCCCAGGACGGAGCCCUGCGGCACUCCACUCGUGACUUUUUUCCAAGAUGAAGAAGAUGCAUUGAUGAGCACCCUUUGGGUUCGUUCCCUUAACCAAUUACAACUUCAUGUUGUUCCUCUCCUUUCAUCCAGUCUCCCAAACCAUUUAUGGUGGCAGGAGCAAAUUGGUGCCUGUUCAGAAGAAGAGGAAGGCAGGCAGGCAGGCAGGCUGGCUGGCUGGCUGGCUGGCUGGCUGGCUGGCUGGCUGGCUGGCUGGCUCAAUUGACUAGGUACCUUUCAACGUUUGAGAUGUUUGAAGGGGCUCUCUGAAUCAUGGCCAAAAUGCAAGCAGUGAAAUAGUGUGUUAGUCAAGCCAUGGACUAACAUGACUUUUACUGCCUUCCUCAAGCUCUGCUGGAACUACCAUUCUCCACAAACGUCAGUAGAGAUUCCUGGAAAUUUUGAGGAGCAAAAGAUGGAUGGGCUUUUCUUUCCACUUUUUGGUUGGGAAUAUAAUAUUAGUUGUUCUUAUUUGUCUCUAUAUUGAUUGUGGUGAGCCUUUUACAGAUUUUACUUGGCAAUGAAUAUUCAGAGGUGGGUUGCUAUUGCCUUUUUCUGAAAUACAACCUAUAUCACCUGGUAUUCCACCGUGGUCUCCUUUCCAAGUGCCAACCAGACCUGUCCUUACUUAACUUCCCAGAUCAGGCAAGAUUUAGUGCCUUCAAGCUAUUUAGGCAGCCCGUAAAAUAUGGCGUGGGAAUACUCAAAUAACUCAAAACUAUACUACUUUGUAAAUAUGUUUGUGCCUUAUAGGUAUGGAAGACAGAAACUUAGCCAGCAUUGCAAAUGGUGAAAGAUACCUGUUUGCUCUAAGGUUGUGAAUAUUUUUUCAGGAGUUAGAAAUUUAUGGUGUACUUAUUUGUUUUCUUGCAGGGCUUGGGAAUGGAUACACCUCCUUUGUUUAAUUAAGUAGAUUUAGGCUGCUAUUUAAGCAACUUGGUCAUAUACAAAUUAAAACAAAUGCCUUUGUUUAUUGAAAGACUACAGAGUCUUGUGGUACAUUAAAGACUUCGCAAAUUAAUUAUGGCAUAAACUUUCACACAUUACUGUCCACUUCAUCAUCAGCAUUAUUUAUUUUCUUAAAUUACAGAGACACACAUAUACAAAGUAUGUGUAUUCAUGAGGUAUUUAAAACACUAAGGUCAUCCCCCACUUAUGUGGUUAUCCGUGUGUGACACAGUCACACACGGAUUUUAUCAAAUAACUGAAGCAUUUGAUAAAAUGGACUGUAACCAACAAAGGCAGAUGACACAAUGUUUUGCAAUAUAAAGUUUUAAAGAGCUAUUUCUCUGGAAAUAAAUUCGUUUUGAGAGCUUGUUCUUAAUUAAUCUUUUUUUAAUUUUAAUAGCAACAGCUAGCAUUCAAUAAGGGUAUUUUUGCUAUUAAUAUCAGUUCUUUUGCAGGGAACAUAAAUUUUAUGUUCCUAAGCAGUUCAUUUUUUUGGAAGGGCAGUAAAGGAAAGGUUGCUACUGUACAUCUUAAUUGCUUGUAUUUCAUUCUUUUUGCUAGUAAGUGGUAAUGAACCAUAACUCACUUUUAAAGCAAACAUUUGGCAGGUAGAAGGAUUGGUUACCAGCAUCUUGAGUGAAAGGAUAGCCAUGAAGUAAACUGCUGCCUGUUGGAAUAGGAAGUACUGAUUUGAUGGAUUGGUUUGGCAUGAUGUUAUUGUUUAUGCCUUCAGGUUGUUUCUGACUUAACAACAGCCCUAGGGAGAGCCUUUCAUUGGGUUUUCUUACAAGAUUUGUUCAGAGUGGUUUGCCUUUGCCUUGCUUUAUGUCUGAGAGUGUAUGACUUGCUCAAGGUCACCUAGUGAAUUUCCAUGUCUGAAUGGGGAUUUGAACCCUGGUCCUCAAAGUCUUGGUCCAGCACACAAACCAUUACACUAGACUGGCUUUCUGUUGGAAAAACAUUGAACCUGUGUUGGAGAAGAGUCCCUUUCUUCAAGUCAAAGUCAGUCUAACGGCUGUCUGAAAGUAAAGGAGCAGCAGUAACUCAGGCUCUAAUGAAAAUAAGUGAGUUGCCACUGGCUUAAAUCAGGCCUAUUAGGCCAUGUUGUGGUAUGGUCUUUGUUUUGUGCUAAGUGAAAAGAAACUGUGGGUGCCUAAAUUGAUCAAGUAUACUUUAAAUCCUCCCCUUUCCCCCAGUUUUACUUUCUUGUUCUUCCUUGGUGCUCUGACUUCCUGAGACCUUGUAAUUCUUAAGCUGUCAAGUGAUUAUAUAAUAUUUAUCAGAUUGAUUAGGCAAAAGAUGAAUCAAUUCUGUUUACAUAUAUUUGCAUGCUAUUAGAAAUCUUAAUUAUUGCAUUUGGGGAGAGAGAAGGAAGUAUGCUAGAACAUUAGCAAAACAAACAACAGUAGCUUAUUGAAAAGGAAAGUCGUCUGAUUUUUUCAGUUGCUUUUUAGGUAAUACAUCAGAGCCACAAUACUUUAUUAAUUAAUGGCUGUUUCACAAAUCUAAUUUACUAGUGCAUCUGACUAAGUAGUUCAGUUCUAACUCUUUCAAAAUGCUUUAAAGGUCUCAUACAUGACGGCCUGAAAAAAUGAAUAGGCAGAGAAGACAUACAUAAUUGCUGUGAAAACAUUAAUGACAGCAUAAGAAGUCAUUAUGCAAGUUGAGCAUUCCUUACCUGGAAUGCAUAAGGUAUAUAUUGAAACAAAUAAAUUUUGUGUUUAGAAUUAGGUUCCAUCUCCAGGACAUGUACAUAAGUAUCAAUAUUGUUAUUCCAAAAUCUGAAAUCGAAAACACUUCUGGUCUGAAGCAUUUUGGAUAAGGUACACUACUCAACCUUUAUUUGCCUGAGGAAAAAGUCUCAUCCUCAACUCAGCAAUGUAUCAUAAUUAUGUUUCCUAUACCAUAGAACUGUACAUUUAAAUAAAAUAAUGUGAUAUUAUUCUUCUGUUGGUUGGGUAAUUGGAAAUGUGCCAUAUUUUCUGUAAAGUAGAGUAAGUGUAAUAGAUUUUUCUUGGCAAAGAUGAAACAAACUAAUCCAAUUAUGCUUUUUAUUGAUCUCUUCAUUCUGCCUCCUUGGCAUACAUUGGUAGAAUGAGGGAACCUUGCCAGCCAGUACCCUUGCAUUUAUUGUUUACAUUUAUUGUAUUUUCAAGACAGCAAAGGUGCUGUUAAGUGUUUGGAAUUGUACGGAUGAUGCUUGAAGUUUCUAUCCUUUUGGAAUCAGUUUUAGUAACCAGCUUGAUGGUUCCAAUAAUUCUUUUCAUUGGCAGAAAAUAAGUUUGAUUGAUUUCACUUAAAAUCAUUGUUGAAAGAUAGUUGUUUCUGCUUGGGUUGACCAUAAAGCAGAGGUGAGCAUAGUGUUUCUCACCUGAUGUUGCUGAUGCACAACUCCCAGUAUUUCUCAGAUUGAUUAUGCUGGAUGUCUCAGUGGUUGAACUUUUGCCACCCCAUCUUCAAAUAAUCAUGGCAAUAAUGACUUAAGUGAUACUGUAACCAUUGUCUGUCAGCUAAUGAAGAUGCUUUCCUUCCACUUCAUGGUAAAAAGAUGAUAGGAAGACUGUUCAAUGUAGCCCUGAUAGGAACUUGGAGCUCAAAGUGGACAUACAAUAUCCUUUCCAACUUGUUGCUUCUUCACAGAUAUCUUUCUACAAUUCUUACUAUCUUCAUUGAUGCAUUUAUUUUUAUCAUGGUUUUAUUUCCAUUUUUCAUCUAGAGCAAUUUACAAGACUAGAAGUGGGAUAAUCCCUACAUUAAGGCAUACAAUCUAGAAGUUGUUGUUGUUGUUGUCCAAGUAAUUUCUGACUUAUAGUGACACUAGGAGGACCCUGUUAUGGGAUUUUCUGUAGUUGUGAGUAUAUGACUCACUUGACCAUGGAAACCCAAAGUCACUUGGUUGGUUUCAAUUGGCAAGUUCAAUUCUCAAACCACUAUUAUGAUACUAAAAUGAAAGUAGGUUAUUGGGAGAAGCAAAACCAGACAUUAGGUUCUUGGUUGUAAAAUUCAGUAGGCCAAGAAGCUGUAUCUAAGCAUAGAAAAAGGGCAGUCGAUUCAUUUCUUACUAGUGGCCAAAGCCACCAGUCGUGACAAGAGAUUGGAAUCAUGUAUCACUCCAGAGUCGUGACAAGAGAUUGGAAUCAUGUAUGACUCCAGAUGUUGGUGAAUUGUAACUCCGAAAAGCCCUAGCCAAGGUAAUCAGUGAUGAGCAAUGCUGGGAAUUGCAAUUAACAACACCUGAAAGAUUGUAUACUUCUCUCUCUUGGUCUUGACCUGGUGAUGACUUUGACCAAUUGGUGUUUCUGCUGUUACCGCAGCUUUGUGUGCUGGCAAUCCUAAAUGGGUAGCAACAGUCUAAAUUUCACACAGUGAUCUGAGUCAGCCAGUGACUUGAUUGAAAGUAUCUAGUAAUUUUAAAAAAGGUCCAUGUUCACAGUAUCGACAUCCCAUUCAUAUUGCCGAGGUAAGUAGAUAUCAUGGACACUGCUAGCUCCGCUGUUACCUUAAGAAAAAAUACAGAUUGUACCCAAGUUACUUUUCCUGGUAAGAUAAAGGCUUUGGCAUUUCAAGUAGGAUUCUAGCUUCAGUUAAUAUUGACUUGACAGUAGGUGGAAUCUUGUGUCAUGGAACAGCCACUUCUGGGUAAUGUUAAGAUUUGAUGUGUGAUCCCUGAAGCAUUGUAUGGGGAGGUGGUUUCCUUUCAUCUGUGCCUAUAGCUGAGCCAGUGAAAAAAAUAUUUGGUGCUCUUUCUCUUCUCCUCUCUUUGCCCUUCCCAUCCUGCCCAUGUAGAUCCACUGUUGUUUCUAGGUCUUGGUCAGACAGCUGUUCUCCUAAGCACAGAAACCAACUUAUUUAAUUUGUUGCCAGACAGAACUGACACUACUCUUUUACGGAUAGGUUAUGUAGACUGUACAUCUUGCUGAUGUGAAAUCCCAAGCAACUGAGCUAGCUGGGCAUAGGGUUUUUUGAAGAACAAAUGCUGUAGAAGAGAGAAGAGCUUUUAUAAUCCUCAGCAAAAUUUUAUUUGUUACGCACUUCUCCUCACAGCUCGAGGUGGGGUACAACACAGUUAAAAUACAUUACCAUAAAAUUCAUACAAUUAAAUACAUAUAUUUAAAAAUUACCAUAACAUACAUGUAUUAAAAUAUAUAGUACAAAGAUUCAAAUACAUACUAAUACAUUUAAAAUACAUAGUUUAAAAUUGACUGAGUAGUCCUGCCAGGAGGAAUGAAUCUUUCAUUGUGUUUUAAUUCUGACAGCUCAUUUAGCUGUUAUAACUCUUCCGGCAGGUCAUUUCACAGCCUUGGAACAGCCAAUGAAAAGGUCUUCUGGGAGACAAUUUCUAGUUGUGUUCUGGAGAAAGCACCCCCCAGAGGACCUCAGUGUCCUAGGCGGAUUAUGUGGAGAGGGUGAUCCGGUCGGGAACCUAUACCUAAAACCAUGUCGGGUCAUAAACGUCAGAAUCAACACCUUGUACUUUGCCUGGUAACGAAUUGGAAACCAGUGGAGUGAUUUUACUCUCAGUAUAUGUGUAAUGUCACAUGUAACAUCACUCCUGGAUGUUUCUGAACUUCUGAACGAAGUACAGUAGAGUCUCACUUAUCCAAGCUAAACGAGCUGGCAGAAGCUUGGAUAAGCGAAUAUCUUGGACAAUAAGGAGGGAUUAAGGAAAAGCCUAUUAAACAUCAAAUUAGGUUGUGAUUUUACACAUUAAGCACCAAAACAUCAUGUUAUACAACAAAUUUGACAGAAAAAGUAGUUCAAUACACAUUAAUGUUAUGUUAUAAUUACUGUAUUUAUGAAUUUAGCACCAAAAUAUCACGAUAUAUUGAAAACAUUGACUACAAAAAUGGCUUGGAUAAUCCAGAGGCUUGGAUAAGCGAGGCUUGGAUUAGUGAGAUUCUACUGUAGUCAAAUGUCAAAUAGCACAGUGUAGAAGUCCAGCCUUGAUGUUACUAGCGCAUGCACUGCUAUCUUUAGGUCCUCCAAAAUCUAGGAAGGGGCAUAACUAGUGUAUCAGCCGAAGCCGAUAAUAAGCACUCCUGAUAGUUGCAUCUACCUGGGCUGACAUUUGGUGAGAUGUAUCAAGGAGCCCUUGUUCCAAGCUGCAAACACAUUUUUUCAGGGGGAAUGUAACCCCAUCCAGAACUGGUUGACAUACCUCCAUUUCCACAUUAGGACCCUUAAUCGCAAGCACUUCUGUCUUACCUGGAUUCAGUUUCAACUUGUUUUUCUUCAUCCAGCCCAUUACUUCCUCCAGACAUUCCCUUGAAAGAGACAUGUUUUGAAGGCAUGGAGAAAUAUAUUUGGGUGUCAUUAGCAUAUUGAUAGCACCCCGCCCUAUGUCUCCGGAUGAUCUCUCCCAGCAGUUUCCUGUAAAUGUUAAAAAGCAUUGAGGACAGAAUGGUAUGUUGUGUUCAUCUCCUUUUUUUGAAAUGGCUUGAAGGCACACAACUGGCGUAUCAGUUGUGUGCCUUUAUUCUCUAUAUUAUCUUUUCCUCCAAGAGAGGAAUGAACCAAAAAGGAUAAAUGCACAAAUGAUGAAAACUUUAAAGAAAAUUGUUGUUUAGAUAGCUCAUUUCCUUGUUCUCACUGAGAAACUAUUUUUAAAUUUCCUCGGGGACUGAAACUCUUAGAAAUCAAUGAAGAUAUCCCAGUAUUUUUAAUAUAACAGGGUUUUAGUCCUGUUGUCUCUCCUCACGGCCCUAAAGUUAGCAGCAAAAUGUUCUACUCUUUCUAACUCGGCUCAUAUUUAAUGUUAAAAUAGCUGUUUUGAUGUGAAUUCCAAGGCACAUAUUUUAGAAGGAAGAGCCUGCAGCUGGAAGAGAUUGAUUUGACAGUCCUGCAUUGUAGUUCUGUGAGUAGUCGGGCUGCAAGUGGUUUUGCAACAGGGCUGCAAUUUUGCCUAGAAGUAUAGUAUUCCUGUUGUAGGUUAGAGAUUGAGCUGAAGCUGAGAGAGAAGUUUGUUUUUGUUGUGUGCCUUUAAAUUUUUUCCAACCUAUCCAGCCUCUGAGACAAACCUAUCAAUAGGUUUUCUUGGCAAUAUUUGGUCAGAAGAGGUUUGCCAUUACAUUCCUCUGUGGCAGAGAGAUGUGAUUUGCUCAAGUUAAUUCAGCGAGUUUCAUAGUAGCUUCAAAGUGUUUAUCCACAUUUGUAUGCUUAUGUUACAGAUGGGGUCAUGGAAUAGGAUGCAACUGUCCUCCAGUGUUGUUUACUUUUACAGAGAAAUGUAAGCAUUUCCUUGCUUUCAUGUCCCAAAUGUUUCAUUGACAACAAUUGGUGUAGCCUUUACUGAUGUCAGACUUCCCUUCGCCAUCAACUUACAGUCAUUGGUAACAUCUCAAGAUAGAUGCAUCUCUGUGCUCCUCCGUUGCCAGGUUUCAUCCCCUAAAAUGACCUUUAGUUGUCUAUGCCUGGGUAAGAAGCCUGUGAACUUCAAAAACACGCGUAAUAUACUUUUUACCAAUUGGUUGACUUAAUAACUGAAUCACCAUCAGGUGUGUUGUUGGCUUUCACACAUCUCUUACAGUUUGUUGCAACUCCACUUUUCAUGCAGACAUGGGCCUGAAACUGAAAAAUUACCUAUACUUUUCAGGCCAAUCCAUCCAAAUCACUUUCCCACACAACUUAUUUAAUAUUGGCACAUGGAAGUAUAAAUAUAGAUCACAAUUUUUUCUCUUUGAUGGUAAUAUUUAGGUUUGGGUUUUCCCAUCUACACAAUAUACCAGGGACACAUUGUGAUAAUGUGUUAUGGGAAUUAUACUUGUUUUAUCGAUUAAGCUCCUAAAGUAGGAUGGCCAUGGUUUAAAUCUGGAGUCACAUGUGCUUGCUUUUUGUAGCUUUAGAACUUAAAGACUUAAAAAAAAUUACCAAUUUUGAUAAUCUAUAUGGCCUUUGAUGAGUCUUUUAACAUGCAACAAUUGCUUAUCAUGCACUCAGAUGUUUUUUGUGGUGCUGUGAGGAUUCUUCAUAGCCUGAGAUAACUGUUAUUUCAUUACCAUGCAGUAUAGUUACUGAAGGGAACGAAGGAGCCAAAUAGUAGUUGGUCCUGGUUGACCAGAUAAUUUAGUCCAUUUUGGUGGAGUAUUAUAACACACUGGUUUUAACAUUAAAACGGCUAGUUAGUGUCAUUGGAUCUUCAGGAACUAAAUAACAAACUUGGACUCUUUGAUUCUAAGAUGCCAUCAAUUAUAAGACACACACUAAGUUCAGUACCACUAACAGAAAUAAAUGUAUAUGGAGCCCCUGGUGGUGCAGUGGGUUAAACCGCUGAGCAGUUGAACUUGCUGACCAAAAAGUUGGCAGUUCAAAUCUGGGAAGCAGGGUGAGCUCCCGAUGUGAGCCCCAGCUUCUGCCAACCUAGCAGUUUGAAAACAUGCAAAAUGUGAGUAGAUCAAUAGGUACCGCUCUGGUGGAAAGGUAAUGGCACUCCGUGCAGUCAUGCCGGCCACAUGAUCUUGGUGGUGUCUAUGGACAACGCCAGCUCUUUGGCUUAGAAUUGGAGAUGAGCACCAAUCCCCAGAGUCAGACUUAAUGUCAGGGGAAAACCUUUACCUACCUACUAUUUUAGAGUUGUUUAUAUGGGGGGGAUUUGUUAUCUUAGAACCAAAGAAAUAAAGUAUGCCAACUGUUCAAGAUACUAUGGAGCAUGACUUUUAAAAUCAGACCUCUGUUAUAUCUCCAAGCUUGCCCCCUGAUUCUUUUUUGGAUUGCAAUAAAAUUAGGGGGGACAGCUGGAUUUCAGUAGCAGAGCAGCAUUUUCCUCGCCUUUAAAAGGCCCCACAACCCAGUCUCUAGGCAGGACUUGGAGAAACUCCAGUUUGAAAUCCUGGUCAGGCCCUGCCAGAUAGUGUAAACACUUCUGAGGUAGAUGAAUGAAUGGCUUUGGUUGGCUGCCACUGAGUUGGAUGGAAACUAAUUGUCAUUUCAACUGGAAAGUCAGGAGUGCUUGCUAACUUUGGACACAUACCAGGAAAAAAAUCACCUUAUUUUUCCCUGUAAUGCACAGGUAUUCUGUUCUGAUACCAGGGAUUUUUUUUGGAAGAACAUGAUUCAUUUCUUCAGUAGUAUAUACCUCUUGUUUUGGAUCCUGGCAGAAGAGAGAUUUUUUUAAGUGGGAGCAGUGGCAGGAGGGUAAAUAGGUAGAAGAAAGUUUGCUGCACCACCAUUGCACGUCUCAUAAUUUUCUUCUUUCCAUCUAACUUUUGGUUCCUUCUCAGGUAUCUAACAUUUAAAUAGCUUUUUAAAAGAGAUUCUCCUUAUUGAGCAUCAGACUGACAGAGUCUAUGUUGUAAAACAGAUGUUAACAUCUGUAGUGUAGGCAUAACAACUGACAGUUGAGGAAGCUUCUCUAGGGUAUUUUUACUGCUAGAAGAGUUGGAUAUUUUUGGCACAGAAGGAAGCAUGUUAAGCUGUGUGUUUUCAGCUUGCCUCACAUUAUGUGUGUGUUGGCUUUUUUCAUGUGGAAGCACAAGUAUGUUUUUUGUUUCGACUGGUAGUCUUUACUGAGUUAUUUCUUUCCCCUUGUGAUGAAGAGUGUGGCAUUGUAACUCUGCUGACUGCAUUACAACCCCAUCGGAUACUAUAAGAUUAUGCUCACAAGCUUGUGAGUGGAUUGGUGAUAGGGGAACUAGCAGAAUUGUCCCUGCUUUUUUUUUAAUUACACGGAGAAACAAAAAUCUGCAUAAAGCUAGCAUAUGUUGUUUACAAUUUCCUUUUGCAAUAAUAGCUUCUUUUUUAUUAAAAAGUUACAUGAUUCCUCUAUUUGUUCCCCUUAGAGAUCAAUGUGCCAACACAAAAAGCCAUGCUUUCUGUUUAAAUGGCUAAUUUUUGUAAUAGUUCAUCUUUUUGUGAGUCUCAUAGCAAUACAUUUUUAGUUUGGAACUUAAUAUGAAAACUGUGUUGAAGCUUUAAUUAUUAGUUUACAGGGUUUUAAAAAAAUAGAUUUGAUUGGUGAUACUAACAUGUGGAAGCUACCUCUGAAUUGUUAAAAUGUUUGUUUCUAUCUAUCCCUGAAGUGUUUUUCAAUUCUUUCUUAGUCUAGUGUGUUUGGGAUGGCAUUUGCAGUUCUUUCCACAACCAGUAUAUGAAACAGACUGGGCAGACAGAUAGUACCUGUUGCAACAUCCUACAAUGAACCUUUUGCUUAAGGGCUCUGUUUUUGAUAUGUGUCUCACACUGGCAUACUGGAUAAGCCUGUCUGUUCAGGUGUGUUUGGUUUAUAAUGUGAUGUUUUCUUAUACUAAUUCAUGGAGCAUAAAAUUAAUAUGCAGAAUUCUGAUUUAAUGCUAUUAUUGUUGCAGGACACCUGGCUCUUAUGUUAUAAUUCUAUGAUCUAUAAUCUAUUACUUGAAGGCUGAGAAGCUUAGAGUGCAUCUACAAUGUAGAAUUGCUAACUAUGUUAACUGCCAUGGUUCAAUGCUAAGGAAUUUUGGGAGUUAUUGUUUGGUGAAGCAUCAGUGCUUUUGGGCAUAGAAGGCUAUAGGUCUUUUAAAACUACAGUUCCCAUGAUUCCAUAGUAUUGAACCAUGGCAGUUAAAGUAGCUGUUCUACAAUGUAGAUGUAAUAUCCUACAGUUAAAGUGGAAUCAAGCAGCAUUAAUUCUGUAGUGUAGAUGUAUCCUUAGAUCACAACCUGUGGGUCCCCAAAUGUUUUGGCCUUCCAACUCACAGAAAUCCCAACAGCUGGUAAACUGGGAUUUCUGGGAAUUAUAGACCAAAUCACCUGGGGACUCACAGGUUGAGAACCACUGCCUAGGGAAAUUCGGCUUCCAGCACUCAGACCUGUGCAGCAUUUGCAAAAUAAAAGGGGGAAAAUGGGUGGUGGUCUAUAGUCAAAGCUUCUAUUGUGGUUCUGAUUUCAUGGUUUCACAUCAAAAAAAAAUUAUUAUUUGUUUAUGUCAUUUCUGUUCUGCCUUUCUCAUCUGAAGGGACUCAAGGCGGCUUACAAAUCUGGCAAAAAUUCAAUGCCAAUAAAAACAACAGUACAAUAAGACAUAAAACAGUUAAGAAACAAUUUACAUUAAGCAUUAAAACACAUGGAGCAAUAUACAAAACUUAAAAUAUAUAAAGUGCAUAGUUCAAUAACAACCGUUCCAGAAAAAGUGCCUUCCCCACCUGCUCUUAUUUACCUUUUCUUUUUUACCAUGUACUUAGAAAAUCAAAAGUUAUAACUGCAUUUCCCCAGCUGGUAGUGCAAUGCGACUUUUCCUUCAAAGAGAAUUGCCUAGACCUGUCUAUUUUGGGAUAAUGCAGUUGGAUACUCUGUUGGAUGCCCACCUUGAUUUUCUUUAUUUUAGUGCCAGAUCAGGAGGAGCUAGAAGACGACAUACUGUGUGACUGUCAGGGAAACAUAUUUAGUUAUGGUAGUAUAGCUAUUUCUUAUGGUUUAUAGAAGCGAUGUAUGUGUAUCUUCCUUGAAUUGCCCAAGUUAUGGCCCAAAGAUGAAAGAUUGGGGACAAGCUCCUCUUGUAGGACGAGGAGCAUUGAAACGUGCCAUUGAUCUUUUGUUUUUUGCGUCAAGACAAUUAUUAACUAAAAUCACCACAAAGCAUAAGCUACUGGUAGCAGUAUAUUUUAAUUCUUGUAACCCACAGUCAAAGCCUUCUAAUCCUUCACAGUCUAUAAAAACCACUAAAUAAUAAUAAUAAUAAUAAUAAUAAUAAUAAUAAUAAUAAUAAUAACUACUGUUGGAAAUGAAAGCUAUGGACUUGUCAACAUCAGAAGAGGAAUUUUCCAGGGAGACUUAUUGUCCCCUCUGCUUUUCAUUAUUGCCAUGAUCCCUCUGUCAACAAUCUUACAAAAAACAAAUCUCGGCUAUCAAACAUCUAAGAAUUCUCACAAAAUUUUGCAUCUGAUGUACAUGGAUGACCUGAAGCUGUAUGGGAAAACGGAAACUGAAAUCCAGUCUCUGACCAACACUGUCUGAAUUUUUAGCACUGAUAUCAGCAUGGAGUUUGGCUUGGACAAAUGUUCGACAGUGGCAUUGAAGAAGGGAAAAAUCAUUGAAAGUGAGGGCAUAAAUAUGCCUAACGGCCAAACAAUAAAGUGUCACCAGCCUGAGGCCUAUAAAUAUCUGGGCAUAUUACAGCUGGACAACAUCAAGCAUGAACAUGUGAAGACUGUGGUCAGUAAAGAAUACACACAAAGGGUCAGAAAAAUUCUCAAAAGCAAGCUCAAUGGAGGCAACACCAUCAAGGCCAUAAACACCUGGGCCAUACCUGUCAUAAGAUAUACUGCUGGCAUCAUAAACUGGACACAGAUGGAACUGUUUUUGGACAGAAAAACAAGAAAACUCAUGACCAUUCAUCAUUCACUGCACCCCCGCAGUGAUGUUGACCGGCUAUAUCCGCCUAGAAGAUCAGGGGGCAGAGGACUCUUGCAAGUAAAACAAGCAGUCAAAGAAGAAGAACAUGCCCUGGCAGAAUAUGUAAAGCAAAGUGAAGAACCUGCUUUGAUUAAAGUCAAAAAUCAGAAACUCCUCAAAGCACAGCAGACAAAAAACCAGUACAAGAAAACCGCACUACAAACUAGAGCUGACAGCUGGCACAACAAAACAUUGCAUGGAAAGUUCCUUGACAAAAUUGAAGGAAAAGCUGAUAAGGAGAAGACCUGGCUCUGGCUCACGAAUGGGACCCUGAAGAAGGAGACAGAAGGCCUGAUCCUUGCAGCCCAGGAGCAAGCCAUCAGAACAAACGCAAUUAAGGCCAAGAUUGAAAAAUCAGCUGAUGACCCAAAAUGCAGACUGUGCAAGGAAACUGACGAAACCAUUGAUCAUAUCCUCAGCUGCUGUAAGAAAAUCGCACAGACAGACUACAAACAGAGGCACAAAUAUGUGGCCCAAAUGAUUCAUUGGAACUUAUGCCUCAAGUACCACCUCCCAGCAGAAAAGAACUGGUGGGAUCACAAACCUGCAAAAGUAUUGGAAAAUGAGCACGCAAAGAUACUGUGGGACUUCCGAAUCCAGACUGACAAAGUUCUGGAACACAACACACCAGACAUCACAGUUGUGGAAAAGAAAAAGGUUUGGAUCAUUGAUGUCGCCAUCCCAGGUGACAGUCGCGUUGACGAAAAACAACAGGAAAAACUCAGCCGCUAUCAGGACCUCAAGAUUGAACUUCAAAGACUCUGGCAGAAACCAGUGCAGGUGGUCCCGGUGGUGAUGGGCACACUGGGUGCUGUGCCAAAAGAUCUCAGCCGGCAUUUGGAAACAAUAGACAUUGACAAAAUCACGAUCUGCCAACUCCAAAAGGCCACCCUGCUGGGAUCUGCGCGCACCAUCCGAAAAUACAUCACACAGUCCUAGACACUUGGGAAGUGUUCGACUUGUGAUUUUGUGAUACGAAAUCCAGCAUAUCUAUCUUGUUUGCUGUGUCAUACAAUAAAAUAAUAAUAAUAAUAAUAAUAAUAAUAAUAAUAAUAAUAAUAAUAAUAAUAAUAAUAAUAUGCAAUGUUUUAUAAGUGGAUACUCUCCUUCAGUUUCACAGCUAUCAGAAGCAAAAAAGGGACAACUUGUCAAUAAAAGGCCUAAGAAUUGAAAUACAAUAAUUAACUUACCUGAUUACCAACUUCCUUUCCAAAUUACUAUGUAAUACUGGUAAUUAACUAAAUACUAUGGAGCGUUAAACAUUGAAAUUAAGAUAUGAGGGACAAAAUUUCAUUGGGAAGAGAUGUUUUCCAACAUCCUCAAAGUGGGGCAGGUAGAAAAUAGCGAGUUGUUUACCUGAUGGAGGAUAUUUUCAUAGGAGGCUGUGAGUGAAAGGAAGAUGAGGAGUGGCAAAAUGGUACAGAGACUGAUUAAGGAAUUCCAUGUUUAAUGGAGGGACAAAAAAAAAGAGAACGGAGAGAACAAAUUGGAAUUUGCAUGGGAAAAGACCACAAAGAAACUUAAAAAUUAAAAACAUUAGUUUCAAAGCAAAGCCAAACCAUAGAUAAACACAAUGAAAGGGAAACCUAAGAGUUGACAUUUCAACAAAAUAGUUAAUCUGUCAUAGCCUUGGAUUGAUAAACAUGAGCAUUCAUGCUGACAGACAGAAGGAGGGGAAUUUUACAGAUAUUAGAGAAACCUUGAACAUAAGAGUAAAGGCUGAACCCUUUUCUCUCUCAAGUAUUUAUUUCUGUUUUAGUUUCUUUUCUCUGUUAAAAUGGAAAAUCCAGCAGGCUGGAAUAGGACUACGGUAUAUUGCUUAGAAACAGCUGUAAUGGAAACUAGAAGAGAGAGCAUGGGAGAGAAGCUGUGAGAUUGAAGCAGACUUGUUUUCUGUUCUUCCAGAAGAGAGAAAUUAAAAUUGCAGGGUGGCAAAUUUUAUCUAAGCAUUAGGAAAAACAUCUGUAAAAGCUGUUUGCCAGGGGGGCAGUUUGCCUCAGGAACUGAUAGACUUCCCUUUUGCCGGAGGUAUUUGAGCAGAAACUGGAUAACCAGGUAUCAGUGAAGGUGAUAAAGACAUGGAAGCGGAAAAAGCAAAACUAUCUUAAGCAUCUUUUCCCAAUAUGUAACAUAUUGAUCUUCCCUCACCUGUCUUCCCCACACACCGCUUCUAUUACUGUUCUAUGCCAUUUUUAAUAGAAAUUUCCAAGCUUUCCCCCAUGUUCACAAUCUUGAAAGUCUUGCAAUCCCUAUGGAAAAUGGCAUAGGGCAGCAGAAGAAUUGACAGCUAAUAAUUUGCUUGUAAUCAGUUUCAUGAAAGUUAAACCUACAACAGAUAGUAGCUUCAUCCUAGCUUGGGCAAGGGGCUGAACUAGAUUUCCUCUAAGCUCCCUUUCAAUUCUGAUUUUAUUGUUCAGUUGGGUGAGUCUGCUGUACACUUCACUGCCUAUCCUUCCUGACUUCCUGUACAGUUCACUUCAUUGUCUCGCGAAUUCAGAGGCUGUAGCACAUUUUCCUUUGUGUAAUACAAUGCCAGAAAACUGAGCCUCCCUGGAUGUUUGGAACAGUGAUUGGCAAACCUAGCUAACAAUUUGUUGAUUACUGAAGAUAGGUGUGUGGCAAUUUCUAUAUCUGGUCUAACCUGUUGAUGGUUUUGAUAUACGCUAUGAACACAAUGCGGUGUCAGUUUCACUCCAUUGAGUAUAUGGAUCAGCAUUGGUUGGCCCUCUUCAUUAUUUCCUUCUUGAACAGCUCUGUGACAUGCAGGUGGCUUGUCAUCCAAUUUUCUGGAAAUAGUUAACAGUGUUCCUAUUGAACCACAGCACUCUCCAUUGUUUAAUGGCUUGAUCUGUAGCAAAAUUAAACCAUGGCAUUCAGAAUGGAAGAUAUUUUCCUCGCUAGCUACAGAAGUUCCAUUCUGUUUUUUAAGGGCAGUACUCAAAAGAAACAAAGAUCCCUUUUCACAAGCUGAGUCUGGUGCCGUCUUGGCUUUCCCAGAAAACUCCAAACCAUAGCCAGACUUAUACUUGGUAAAAAAAAGGCAAUCCCAUUGAGAAUGUUUGUAAGGCAGCAGCUAUCUGUUUAUGUAAGAAUAGAUUCUACUUAGAUAUAGGGAAGAGAAGCUUAUGCACCUAUUCAUUUAUUAUCCCCGUUUCAAUAAGUUUACUGAGAGCAAAUUCAGCUGGUUGCAAAUUCUGUCGUGUUGAAUGUACUUCUUUUCACAGGAGAGCAGUGCUAUCCAACAUGGUGUUCUUGAAAGCACAUAACUGCAGUAACAACAACAGAUAAGUGGAAGGUUUCUCUGUAAAGUGCAGAGCUUUCAUAGUAGUUGCCUGAACAGCAUGGAACACAUAAUCAUAUUCUUGGUUGGAUUUUAGAAAUGGGCUAAAAUGAUAUCUUCCAUCUAAUGUUGGAAACUGUCUCGUAGAAUAUGUGAGUUCGUGUGAUCCUUUAGCUAUGCCACUGGGAUAAAAAGGAAGCAGAGACUUCUGCAUUGUUCUUCUUCAGGAUUGUGAAAUGAGAUGCCAAAAAAGUACUCUUUCCGAAUUCCAAAUUAAAUGGCCACCAACUGGAGCUGAGUAUAUGGUGUCUAGAUGACAAUAAUAUUAGUCUCAAGUAAAGUAGACCCACUGAAUUAAUAGGACUGACAAGCUGUUUUAACAAGUCCCAUUUGUUAAUGGGUUUAGUCUAGUUGGACUUGCCAAUUGGCUUUAGCCUUAUGGAUGUCACAUAAAAUGAAAGGAAUUGUGUAUCCUGUAGGGAGAGAGGUGGAGAGCUGUCAGGGUUUGAGACUGCAUUAUUUUCCAGAGGAUCGUGAAAGGCUACCUGCAGUUGUGCAUCCAUCCCUGCAUUUGUAAAUUAAAGAGAAGCAUUAUUGGAAGAAAGGCAGGAUAUAAAUGAAAUAAGAAAUAACCAGACUAUUUUGUAACAUUUAGUAAGUGGGGAUAUUGGAGAUAUUUCAAGCAGUGAUGGGCUCCAAAGAAGUUAACCGAGUGUCUUCUCAACUCUUCUGGGUUUCAGAAAGGCUGUGAAAACAUGGCUGUGUGCACAAGCUUUUAACGAGUAAUAUGAUAACGUCGACAUGGUCCGAUUAAAGGCUGAAGCAUGAGGGUUUUAGACAAAUGGAGCUAAUUUACAUAUGUUUUAAUUUUUAUAAUGUAUUUUAAUGAUGUAUUUUUAUAGUUUUAAUUGAUUGUGUGUACUGUUUUUGUUUUAUUGUUGUGUUCUUGGCAUUGAAUGUUGCCAACUGUGUAAGCCGCCCUGAGUCCCCCCGGGUGAGAAGGGCGGGGUAUAAAUUCUGGAAAUAAAUAAAUAAUAAAUAAAUUAUAUUUGAGAGGAGGUAGCCAAGCAACUUAAAGACUUGGACUAACCAUUUCUUCAUGUGUUUACUUUUCUUAUUUUAGUGUUGUUCUUUUGUUGUGCUUGACCUCAUUGAGAGGCUAAAUAUGGCAUUUUAGAUACAUCUUCCAGCUUUCCUUAUUGUUUCAGGCUGUUUAGGUAAAUAAGUACCAAGGGAGUUUUGGUCAUGAGAGCCAAACUCUAGCAAUGCAGAACAUUUUCUUUUGUGUACAGAGAGGUUGCAUAAAGAAUGGGGCAUGAAACUGCGGGCUGGGCUCUUAUAACUUUCUUUGGCUGUCACAUCUCUAGCAGUUAGCUGGCUUACAGUAAGCAGUUUGGAAGAGAAUAGAUUUCGCAUUAGUACACAGGCUAAUUAGAUUUAAUACAUGGGCUAAUAUUAACCUCAUCCUCUUACAGUGGUUAGUGGAAAAGUUUUCCAGUGUCCUUACCAGUUCCAGAACACAGUUCUUGUUUUUCACCGGGUAAAACAUUUGCAGUGUUCAUAUCACUAUUAGCAUAAGAUUUUAUUAAAAUGUUCACUGCUGUAUCAUUUAAAAACCAAACAGGUAUGAAAGGGGGGAUUCAGGUGUGCACAGAAAAGCUUUUGUGACAAAUAUAACCUCUCAUUGUGACAUUGUAGACAUAGCCAUUUUGGUCUGGAUCAGUAUGCAAAGGGAUUAUCAUCGUUGUCAUCGUCAUUUAUUUAUACAGUAGAUCUACAAUUACAGGUAUAAUUUAGGCCAAUUUGAUUAUUCAUGGGUAAUCUUUAGUGGAUUUGAUUAUAAUAGAUUUGAUUAAUGCCCUCUUUCUAGGAUCCUCUAGGUGAUUCUAUGAUUAACUUUGGCAAAGGACCCUAGAGCAGUGUUUCUUGAACUCUGCUCCUCCAGAUGUUUUAGACUUCAGCUCCCACAAUUCCUAGCAGCUGUCAAGCUGGCUGGGAUUUCUGGGAACUGAAGUCCAAAACACAUGGAAGAGCAGAGUUUGAGAAACACUGUCUUAGAGAUUGCUCAAGAAGUGCUUUCUCAAGUUUGAAAAAAAAGUUUCUAUUGGCAGUUUCCCCACAUUUGUGGAGAAACUUUUCUCCAAAUGUUGAGCUCUGUGAUCCUAAAUCAGUGGUCAUAUUGUCUGGGAUGGACAAUAUGCUCAUUUUUUAGUCUACACCAAAGGUAUGAGUUGAACCUCACUGUAUACAGGUAAGGCAAAGAAAACAAAUAUAUGAUGGAAUGCUAGUCUGAAAUAAUUAUAGUCUGUUUAUAGUCUGUCUUACACAAUGGUUCCCAAACUUAUUUGGCCUACCGCCCCUUUUCCAGAAAAAAUAUUACUCAUUGCCCUCUGGAUUUUUAAAAAAUGUUUUAAUAGCAAUUAAACAGAAAGAUAUAUGUAUAAUGUUUGUGCAUUUUUUGUAAAAUAUAGUAAAGAAAGGUGUAGAUUAGAAACAUUAAAGUUUGAAAUUCUGAAACUAUUUUUUGAACUCAGAAUAGAAAGGUAAUACAGUUAUUCAUCGUCCCCAAAUGCACCUGUGGCCAUCACCGCCCCCUGGAUCACUGCAGCGCCCAUCAGGGGGCAGUAGUGCCCACUUUGGGAAUCACUGGUCUUACAGAAUCAAUUUCCUUCAAAGUAGUUUCAAGCAUAUAAAUCCAAACUGUAUAAUUGGCAAUCAGUGAAAACCAUAAAACGAUUCAACUUCAAGAGGGACAAUAACUUUCAAAGUAGCAACACCACCAAUUGGAGCAAUAGCAAUUACAUCAAAUAAGAUUAUAUGUCUGUCUGUAUACUUUUAUGUUGUCUGUCAGCUUAUGACAACCUGAAAAAUUUUGUAGGGUUUUCUUAAGGAGUACUUAAGAGAUAGUUUUUACCAAUUCCUUGUUCUGAAAUAUAGCUUUCAGCACUUGGUAAUCAUUGGCCAUCUCCCAUUCAAGUACUAACUAGGACUGACUGCUUAGCUUCCAAGAUGAGAUGAAAUCUGCUUCCUUUAAGAUAUUUAGGCCCUAAGAUUAUACUUAUUGCAGCCCACUGAGUGAUCCUGGGCAACUCACAUUCUUUCAGGACCCUUCCAGACAGUCCCUAUAUCCUGGGAUCUGAUCCCAGGUUUUCUGCUUUAAACUGGAUUAUAUGAGUCCUCACUGCCAGAUAAUCUCGGAUAAAUAGAAAACCUGGGAUCAGAUCCUGGGAUAUAGGGCCUGUCUGGAAGGGCCCUCAGCCUCAGAUGAAGGCGAAGGGAAGAAACCCCUGAACAAAUCUUACGAAGAAAACUCCAUGACAGGUUCACCUAAUAAUAAGACACAUAAUAAUGAUUAUAUUGUACACGUGGCCCUCAAAGGCAUUUAUUUGUGUUCCCUGAGGGCUUCCUACCCCAUUUUUUUUAAAAAAAUGUAUUGCCUUAUGCCAAGAAAAUCUGUCUUCUUUUUUGGUAGCAUACUUCUGUAAUUCUCUUUUAUGUUUCACAUUUCUGCCAGAAUGAUGACUUUUCAUCUUUAAACACACAGGAUGUGCAUGGAAAAUCAUCUUGAUUUGCCUUGUUUCCCUGCAGAAUCAGGCAUCUACCACCUUUAACAUUCUAUUUCAGACAAAACUGAGAGAGCUGGGAAAAUGGGAAUGCAAAAAGUCACCCCAAUACUUUCUCUCCUCCCACAAUAACAUAGGGUUCUUGACUGCUUCCUAGUGAGAUAUUUGGUUGGCAGCCCAAAAUGUGAUUGUGCCAGCAAAGAAGGUAUGUUUUUUUUUACAUACCUUCUUUUUCAACAGGAUUCCUGGGAGGAAAUUAAGAAUAAACAGUUUCCCUCCUUCCAGCAAUUUGCAUUAAUAUGGGGUGUAUCAGUGUCCUUUCUUUUAUGUUUGUUUGACCACUGACUGCUCAGCUAAUUCCACCUGUGGUUCACCUACCACUCAACUAUAAAACGAUAAUAAAUUCAAGUAGCAACUUGGAAAGAUGCAAAGGCAUGAUCCCAGUACAAGAAGGAAUUUCAAAUCUCUGUUGUUCUUACUUACUCACCCCAAGUUAUCUUUCACAAUCAAAUUCCUGAUCAUGUUUUUCUUUACACCCCUUCCUGGAAGGCUGGACCAUUGAAAUGUUCCUUAAUUUUGGACUUGUUCUCAGAUCAUGGGUUUUAGAGAUAGGAGCCUGUACCUGUUUGGGUUAUCAAUGUACAUUAGAAUGAAGAGCCUCAAGGCACGUACGUAACCGUGUUGUUAUCUAGUAUUUCUUCAACAAAAUUGAAGAACGAGACUUCCCUAUUCAAAGAACCAGCUAGCUAUACCCUUUUCCAGACACUUCUUCCUGUUCUAGCCACCUUUCCAGCUCCAACUAAGCACAUUCAGUCACAAAAUGGGUUUUGUGUGUAUGUGUAGGGUGUUUCCUUUAUGAUUCGUGUUUCAUUUAACAUCCCAGUUCUCUGAAGCCCUCCUUUUUCUGCAUGAGUGAACCAUUUUGCUUACAUAAGGGUAAACAUGUGGAUGCCCCAAGCCCUGUAGUCAUGUUAGGGCUAAUAAGAAGGAUUUCAUACCUAAGGUGAAUUUGUGCUUGGCUGUUUCAAGGUUGAAGAUUGUAGAGAAAGACUGAAGUACUAUUUUCUCCUUGUUUGAUACCCUCAUGGUGCUUUUCCAGAACAGGAGUCCUGUUAGCAUAUAGAGCAGAAAUUAUCCUGUAGUGCUUUAACAUUUCAACAUUGUUAUUGUGACCUAAAGAGACAUGGUCCAAAACUUGUUUCAUAACUAUUCUGCACAGUUGUUGCUAUUGCUUUUGAUUCUUCUGCCCCCUGCUUCCACUUAAAAAUAGAAAUUUAAAACACUCUUUGAAGAGAAAUGUUUUCACAACCUCCUUAGAAGUAGUGAAAGUGGGAAUGGAGUGUCUUGCCCAUGAUGGGAGCAGUACUGGAAAAAACCUUGAUCUUGUGUUUUCAAGUAUAUGAAUAAAUGACGAGAACAAACACUUUGGAAUAUUUUGCAGGGCAUUCUUCCACCUUCACAUUAACCAGUCCCACAGAAUAGCAGGCAGCGAUUAGUCAGAAAGCUGUCCUUGUUACAUCCUGGCUUGUCAGUAAUGUUAAAAGCUCCCCAAAUAGGUAUAAUUGAUUGUCCGUUGAGGAGCCUAUCACAAUAAAGUUUAUUUCCCUUGCCUUUUCUUCAAUCAUUUUUUUUUAAAAUAUUAGAUUUAUAUUUAACAUGUCUCUUGUCCUAGAAUAUCAUGUACAGGAGCCAUGGUGUGGAAAAUAUACUACAGUGUAAAGACACUUUAUUUAGCUUGAAAGGUUGUAUAUCCAACUUGCAGAAAAUCCCAGUUCAGUACCUUUACACCAUGGCAGCUGCUUCUGUGUACCUUCAAGACAUUUCUGAGUUAUGGCAACCCAAAGGUGAACAUGGAACCCCCGGUGGCGCAGUAGCUUAAACCAGUGAGCUGUUGGAAUUUGCUUACUGAAAGGUCGGUGGUUCGAUUCUGGGUAGCAGGGUGAGCUCCUGCUGUUACCCCCAGCUUCUGCCAACCUAGCAGUUCGAAAACAUGCAAAUGUGAGUAAAUCAAUAGGUACCACACCGGCGGGAAGUUAAUGUCACUCCAUGCACUCAUGCUGGCCACAGGACCUUGGAGGUGUCUAUGGACAACUCUGACUCUUCGUCUUAGAAAUAGAGAUGAGCACCAACCCCCAGAGUCAAAAAUGACUAGACUUAAUUUCAGGGGAAAACCUUUGCCCCAAAGUGAACUUAUUGGCAAGGUUUGUUCAGAGGGGGUUUCCAUUGCUUUCCUGAGAGGCUGAGAGUAACAUGAUGUAGUUCACCUCCUAGGUUUCUAUGAUAUUCAAACCUGAUUUCCAAAUUAUAGUACAAUGUUUAAACCGUUAUACCAGAGCUUUGCAAACAUUUUAUGUUUGUGACAAAUUUUUUAGACAUGAAUAAUUUCACAACACAGUAAUUUAAUAGCAAACUGGAUAUUAAACCUUAUAAGAUAUACAGACACAUAAAUAAAUUGUAAUAACAAAAUGUAUAGAGACGCUUUCAUGAAAGUCUUUCAAUUAUACAGUAUGUUUAAAAAUAUCUGAUUUAUUACUUAUUUCACAUAGACCCUAGGGGUUUCUUAUUAUGUUCAUGUGACACACCUACACAUUGCAGCCAACACACAAACGUGUCAUGACACAAUUUGGAAAGCUCUGCAUUAUACCAUGCUGGCUCUCACCUUUACAUUAGAGUCACCCAUUAAAACUUUUUUGGCAUUGAAGUAUGGGAAACUCCAGCCAUGCUUUUGAACAUUGAUGAGGAUAAAAAUGCUUGCAUAAAGUUGGUUGUGUGAUUAUUACUGUUUUCUAGUAUGUGAUUUAUGUGCAUUUCUUCUGUUUUACAGAGAGAUUGAAACUGACAUUCUUCUCCCCUUCCAAAAUAGAUAUUCAUACUUAAAAGUUUUUCCCCCAUAUCAAAAAAUAACUCUGACAAGUAGUGAUGUAUUCUAAUACACUGAGGCCAGAUUAAGGCACUGUCAGGCUUGGAGUUGACAGUUAGGUCAGCAGCUAGUAACCUCUUUUUGUCAGUGGGGAUCCACUUGCUACAAUUCUCUUUGCCUUUCACAAACAUAGGCGUCAUGGGACAGUGACUUUUAGCAAUAGGGCAUUGGAUGCCUGAAAUAGUUGGAGCCUGACAGUACUUCUCCCAGGAAGGGAGGUUAGUUCUGGAAGCUGACUUGGAAAGUUCACAUUGUAUUGUGCUCUCGUUGAACUCUUAAGAUGAAUAUCAGCAGAUCUUAUUGUUGGUAAAAUGCAGGGAUAUUUGAAGCAAAAAAGCCCUUGGUGACUUGCCCAUAUUUGUAUCUGGAUCAUGGUACAAUAGGUUUGUCAACAGCAUCUAAAUUAGUGAAAAUUACCUUGAGAAGAUUAUAAUGGAAAGGUUUAGAAGGGAGAUGUUUCUUGACAUCUUUUAAAGGGCCAGAAUGCCAGGAAUUCUUCAAAUUAGCAUAUACACCAAAAAGCCUCUAUUUGCUCUUGUGGUAGAACUAGUGAAGUUCUGUGAUUGACAAUAUAAUGUUACAAGGUACAUCUUUUCCUUGAUAUAUUCCAAACACGUUUCUCGUCUGGUCUCAAGUUAUUGUGAUAUUAAGAUAUCAAUCUCCCUCUGGAAGCCUGCCUUUUCCCCCACAGGCUUUCUGUUCUUAUUACCUCUCUCUAAAUGUCACUCACUGCUUGCAUGUUUGACCCUUGAAUAUUUGCAUUUCCUUUACCCAGGACUUUGGCCGAAUGCUAGAUGUUGACUUGGAGGGAGAUAAUGCCAUCUGUAUUAGUUUUUUAGACACCAAAAGUGGAGCAGAAUAAUACACACUCAGGAAUCCCCCAUUUCUGCUGCAAUCUAGGACAAUGAAACCACUCCAAGAUGCCCCAUAAUGAUAUUCAUUGCAAUUUGGGCUGCUGAAAAUUGGAGUUGGGGACCGAGAUCCCUAGAAAUUGGCAGCCUUAUUUUUACCUGAAUGUCAGAGACAUCUGCUAGGACUAUGCUGGAUCUAAACUAUUGCCUGCAGCUCCUGCUAACAAUUAUAAAGUACUACACCCCCUAAAAAUUUAGAACAUUAUUUGAGAUACCUCAAGGUAUAAUAAAUCCCAAUAUUGAAAAUGUUUUGUGCGAUGUAUUGUCUUGCAGACAUAAUGAAAAGUUCGAUCCCUUUCCCUCUCAGAUUUCCCUCUCACAUUUCAACAGAAAUUGGCUGAGUCAAAUCUUUUAUUGAUUUAUCUAUAUGAAGCGAGUCUCUUUUUUCAUUUCUUUGAGAAAUCAAUGUAUGGGAUAUUUUCUUCUUUCAGCCUUCUAUUUUGGCAUAUCAGCAUUCAAUAUCUUGAGGUCUGGAAAAAGUCUGAGCUCCUUAUUAUCCCUUUCUCCGAAUUUCCUCUGGGAUCAUAGAAAACUGUUUUAUUCGCUGUCAGGCUAAUUGUCCAUUGAGCUCUGUGCUGUCUAUUUUGACUAGCAGUGGCUCUCUAGAGUCUUAGGCAGAAAAGGUCUUAUUACCUGCUAUGUGUGGCUUUUUCAAGCUGGAGGUGCCAGGUAUGGAAUCUGGAUACCUGUCCUAUGCUAUAGAACUGCAAUCUAAAACUGUAAUUUAAAAUGUACAUUGUCUUUCUUGCUGCAAUACAGAAGCAGCAUAAGGUACUGAUCCACUGUCAAGCUGUUAGGCAUAGUGCAAAAAGAAAGUUGGUUUUUAAAAAACACAGCGAUUUAUUUUGCUAAUAAAUGUAGAAGCUUCACCAGUUUAUUAACUUUCAAAUAGUUUAGCUGGGUUGUAGAUGAAAAUCGCUUCUCUGGAGUGCUAUCUUGGCUUGGUGUGGUUUCCAGAUGGCUUCAUGUUGGCAGUUCCUAGUUUUCUUGUUGAACAGAAAGGCUAGAAGAAGAAAGCUGAAAAGUUCCUUUCCCUUUCUUAGGAUAUUCUCGGAAAUCUUUGACACCUCCCCCUUCCUCCAGACUACUGUUUCUAUUCAAUCUUUCAACAUUUUGCAAAAAACUUCAAAAACAAAACAAAACACUGUUUUUGAGUGUGCUGCCUUAGCUUUAUUUUAUUCUGUUGAUCCAGUAAAAAGCAGUGAUGUUACUGACUUUAGGGCAGUAAAGCCCAUCUUUUUAAUCUAAGCCUUUUAAAUGACCUCGUGGUCUAAGUUAAGCCUGAGUUCAUGCAACUGAGCUGUAUAGGCUUAUUCACACAGUAUUUCUCUGUUUACUUUCGCCAGCAUUUUUCCCCAUCUGUCUGACGUCUGUCUUUCUUUUUUUUUUAAAAUAUAAAUCUUUAUUAUUUAUUUAUUUAUUUAUUUUUCAAA